CUUAAACUGCAAGACCUCCAUUAGGUUUCCCAUCGCUGUGGAUAUUUUGCAAACCUGAGGAGCUUCCCUCUCCCAUUCCUCCCUCCCUCUCCAGGUGGCCAGAAAGGCUUCUGCGUCAUGUGCAGGAUGGAAGUGCACGUUCAACAGGUCCUGCAUUCCUCAGCCAGUGCCAUCGAGCCUUGGGCUGUCGUCGAUUUUCUCACAGAAAUAGGAGAAAAUUUCCAGCAUGGCAGGCAGGAGGACGCCCACGAGUUCUUACGCUGCACCAUGGAUGCCAUGCAGAGAGCUUGUCUGAGAGGAAACAGCGACUUGGACAUGUCCUCUCAAGCAACCACCAUCGUCCAUCAGAUCUUUGGGGGCUUUCUGAGAUCCAGAGUCACAUGCUGGAGCUGCCAAGCGGUUUCCGAUUCCUACGAGGCCUUCCUGGAUGUUCCUCUGGAUAUCAAAGCAGCCGCAUCUGUCACCGCAGCUCUGGAAGACUUUGUGAAACCGGAGCACCUGGAUGGUGAAAACUGCUUUAAAUGUAGCAAGUAAGGCCAUUAUUGAUGAUGUAUUCAUACUGGAUCCUGUGCGAAGGUGUCAUUGAGCAGAAGUCAGCUUUUCACAUUGAAUUAAGGCACAGUAAUGAGACGCAGGUUUUUUAACAUGGCAUUAUGGUACUGAAUAGCCUUAAAAGAGCGCAGGGAUGUGUGAGACAGGAAAGUCUGUCUGGCCUUUGGGGGAAAAAAUGGUGCGUUUCAGCCCUUGGCUCUGUCCUGGCUUUCAAGGUGUGACAAGGUGACUGCCGCCUCCAAGAGGUUCUCGGUCCAUCGCGCGCCCAAGGUUCUCACGGUCUGUCUGAAGAGGUUUGAAGCUUUC